GGGAGGGGAGGAUGGCGUCGGCGGGGCCCCCGGAGGAGGGCGAGGGCCUGGACCCGGAGGGCCUGCUGCCUCCCCCGCCGGCCCUGGCCCUGCCCCUGCCCCGGAGCCGCUCCUCCAGCCUGAGCAGCACGGGCUCCGGAGGGAGGGCCCAGCUCCGUCAGCGCGUGGCCCAGCUCAUGGCCUGCGUGGAGGACGUCAGCUCGGGGGACGAGGAGGCCCAGGAGGAGGUCUCCCGCUCCCUGGACCAGGCCUUCCUCCUCUGCGGAAGGAGCGCCCGCCGCCACGGGAAGGAGCCCCGGCCCCUCAGGCUGCACCUGGUCACCUGGAACGUGGGCACGGCUUCCCCACCACCGGAGGUCACUUCCCUGCUCCAUCUCAACUCCCCAGAGCCUUUGGUGGACCUCUACGUCAUUGGUUUGCAGGAGGUGAAUUCCAAGAUCGUGAGCUUCCUCUCGGACAUGGCCUUCGACGACCCCUGGAGCAGCUUCUUCAUGGCGGUCCUCUCCCCGCUGGGCUUCGUCCGGGUGUCUUCUAUCCGAAUGCAGGGCCUUCUCCUCCUCGUCUUCGCAAAGCAGGCCCACCUUCCGUUCAUCCGCGACAUCCGGAGCCAGUUCACCCGAACUGGCCUCUACGGCUAUUGGGGGAACAAGGGGGGCGUCACCACGCGCAUGUCCCUCUACGGCCACUCGGUCUGCUUCCUCAACUGCCACUUGCCGGCCCACAUGGAGAACACGGAGCAGCGCCUGGACGACUUCGAGCACAUCCUUGAAAUGCAGCAGUUUGACGGCGAGAGCAUCCCGGGUGUCAUGGAUCACGACAUCGUCUUCUGGUUCGGAGAUCUGAACUUUCGGAUCGAAGACUACGGGCUGCACUUCAUCCGGGAGUCAAUCAACAAGAACCGCUUCAGUCUCCUGUGGGAGAAGGACCAGCUGAACAUGGCGAAGAAGAGGGAGGCCAUCCUGCAGGAGUUCUCCGAGGGGCCCCUGAGGUUCAAGCCCACCUACAAGUUUGACCUCUACUCCAAUGAGUACGACACCAGGGGCCAGAAGAUGUUCAUUUGGUUUAACGGGAAGAAGCGGAAGCCAGCCUGGACGGACCGGAUCCUUUGGAGAGUGAAGCACCACCGCUUGCCCCAGGAGGAGGAGGCCACGGAGGAGGAGGAGGCGGAGGCGGAGGCCGCCAUCUCUGUCUCUCUCAAGAGCUACGUCAGCCACAUGACUUACGGCAUCAGUGACCACAAGCCCGUCACCGGGUCCUUUGAGCUUGAGAUGAAGACACUGGGGUCAGAUCCGCUGGUCAAGAUACAUCCGGUGGGCAACUGGACAGCUGAACAAGACGCCACGGUCAGUUACUCUACAGCUCCUGACUUCCAGAGCAGCGUUUGGGACUGGAUCGGCCUCUACAAGGUGACCUUCAAGCACCCCAAUGACUAUGUGAUGUACGCCUGGGUGCAGGACAAUGAGAUCUCCUCUGGGGACGAGGCCAAGCAGGUCUACCUUGGUGCGGAGGAGCUUCCUUCCUCCGGAGGAGAGUUCCUGUUGGGCUACUUCAGCAACCAGAUGCAGUCCCUCGUGGGGCUCAGCCAGCCCUUCCAGAUACUAGACGACAAUUUCCGUAUUCCUGAUCAUUAGACGUCAUAAUGACUAGAGCUGAUGGGAGUUGCGGUACAGUAACAUCUGGAAGGCUGUUGAAUCAGGAAAGUGGAGUUUGGAUUGAGAUAAAAGCUUUUGUGGAUGGGAUGUCUUGAUUUUGAAAUGUCCUUUAACCUUCCGCCAACCCAAGUGCUGUUGGGUUGCCAUAUGCCCAUCAUCUCCAGUCCACGUGGCAGAUCAUCAAAAGAGGUGGGAGUUGCUGUUCAAUAACAUCUGGGGACCCAAACCGGGUAAAAACUAAAGAGCAUCGUCCAUGAUGUAAAAAAAAUUGUAAUUGUCCUUCUGUAUUACAGUAUUUAUUUAUUUAUUAACAGUAUUUAUAUUCCGCCCUUCUUUCUCACCCCGAAGGGGACUCAGGGCAGAUUACAAUGAACACAUAUAUAGCAAACAUUCAACGCCAACAGACAAACAACAUAUAUAGACAGACACAGAGGCAUUUUUAACAUUUUUCCAGCUUCACGAUUCCGGCCACAGGGGGAGCUGUUGCUUCACCGUCCAGAAGUGGCUGUACUUCCUCAUUCCUUUCCUCGUGUUUUGCUGGCAGUUUUUAUGGUGUUGUAAAUUAGCCUCCAGCAUAAAGCGUCCCUAAAUUUCCCUAAUUGACAGAUGCAACUGUCUUUUGGGGCUGCAUAGGUCAACAGCAAGCCGGGGCUAUUAAUGGUCGGAGGCUUAACCCGACCCAGGCUUCGAACUCAUGACCUCUCGGUCAGAAGUGAUUUAUAGCAGCUGGUUACUAGCCAGCUGCGCCACAGCAGUCUCACUUAUCCAAGCCUCGCUUAUCCAAGCCUCUGGAUAAUCCAAGCCAUUUUUAUAGUCAAUGUUUUCAAUAUAUCAUGAUAUUUUGGUGCUAAAUUAGUAAAUACAGUAAUUACAACAUAACAUGACUGCGUAUUGAACUACUUUUUCUGUCAAAUUUGUUGUAUAAAAUGAUGUUUUGGUGCUUAAUUUGUAAAAUCAUAACCUAAUUUGACCUUUAAUAGGCUUUUCCUUAAUCCGUCCUUAUUAUCCAAGAUAUUCACUUCUCCAAGCUUCUGCUGGCCCGUUUAGCUUCGAUAAGUGAGACUCUACUGUGUUUUAUUUGGAGCCUCCGGUGGCUCAGUGUGUUAAAGCACUGACCUGCUGAACCUGCAGACCGAAAGGUCCCAGGUUCAAAUCCGGGGAGCGGAGUGAGCGCCCGCUGUUAGCUCCAGCUUCUGCCAACCUAGCAAUUCGAAAACAUGCCAAUGUGAGUAGAUCAAUAGGUACCGCUUCAACGGGAAGGUAACGGCGUUCCAUGCAGUCAUGCCAGCCACAUGACCUUGGAGACGUCUACAGACAACGCCGGCUCUUCGGCUUAGAAAUGGAGAUGAGCAGCAACACCCAGAGUGUGAGUAGAUCAAUAGGUACCGCUCCGGCGGGAAGGUAACGGCACUCCAUGCAGUCAUGCCAGUGGCCACAUGACCUUGGAGGUGUCUAUGGACAACGCCGGCUCUUCAGCCUAGAAAUGGAGAUGAGCACCAACCCCCAGAGUCAGACACAACUGGACUUAACGUCAGGGGAAAACCUUUACCUUUUACAGUAGAGUCUCACUUAUCCAACAUAAAUGGGCUGGCAGAACGUUGGAUAAGCGAAUAUGUUGGAUAAUAAGGAGGGUCUAAUGAAAAGCCUAUUACACAUCAAAUUAGGUUAUGAUUUUACAAAUGAAGCACCAAAACAUCAUGUUAUACAACAAAUUUGGCAGAAAAAGUAGUUCAAUACGCAGUAAUGCUAUGUAGUAAAUUACUGUAUUAACGAAUUUAGCACCAAAAUAUCACGAUGUAUUGAAAACAUUGACUACAAAAAUGCGUUGGAUAAUCCAGAAUGUUGGAUAAGCGAGUGUUGGAUAAGUGAGACUCUACUGUAUUUUAUUUAUUUUAUUUACAUCACUUUUACCUUGCCCUUCUCACCCGUAGGGACUCAGGGCGGCUUACAACAGUCGGCAAUUUACAUUGUCCAAAACGCAUUCACUAAAACAAUAACAAAAUCAGUAAACAUUACAACAAUACCACAUCAAUUAAAACUCUAUUAUAAAAUUUUAAAAUGCAUAUGUAAUUAGAUUCGUCCACUGACACCUUUCGCGUACGCCUUGAUUCAAGCCAUAUCACCUCGGAUAUUUACUCAUCAAAUGCUUGCGCACAUAGCCACGUUUUCACCGCUUUCCUAAAACCUAGGAGAGUCGGAGCUUGUCAAACACUACUCGGGAGGGCAUUCCACAGCUGAGGAGCCACUACUGAGAAGGCCCCGUCCCUCGUUCCCACCAGCCGGGCCUGCGAGGUAGGUGGGACCGAGAGCAGGGCCUCUCCACAUGAUCUUAACCACCUAGAUCAAUGAUGGACAACCUUUUGCACUUGGUGUGUCAAAAUUCACGAAAAAACCUAGCAUGACUUGGGUGGUGUGUCCCUUCGAGAAAAAAAACAUAAUUUCACAAUAUAUAUAGUUUAAAUAACAAAACUAUAUAAUUGUAAUAUAUAACUGUAUUUAAUAAAUCAAAAAAUAUUUACUACCAUUAUUUCCAUGUACAACAAUCGAUGGUACCUUUUGCAGUUUCCACGCUGAUUUCUCUCGGUUGUAGUUUCAAUGUAAUCAUGAAUAAUGAAUAAUACAAUAAUAAUCUAAUAGUAAUAAUAUAAUAAUAUACUACAAUACUAAUAGAAUAGUAAUAGAAUGAUGUAUAUAUAUAAAAGGGUAAUGAAAUUUCGGCCUAGGACAAAACAACAAAACUACACAUCCCAGAAACACUAAACUUGGCAGCACAACCCCUCAUCCAUGCCUCUACGUUCAUACAACAAAAAGAAAAGAAAAAUAAAGUCCUAAUUAGAGGGAGAGGAAUAAUUGUUUUUAUCCAAUUGCUGCCAGUUAGAAGGUUACGCUCUGCCCACUUGGUCUCCUAGCAACCCACUCAGCCCAGGGCAGGCAGAGUUAGGCCUCACUUAGGCCUCUUCCACACUGCCUAUCAAAUACAGAUUAUCAGAUUUUAACUGGAUUAUAUGGCAGUGUAGACUCAAGGCCCUUCCACACAGCUAUAUAACCCAUUUAUAAUCUUAUAUUAUCUGCUUUGAACUGGAUUAUCUUCACUCCACAAUGCCAUAUAAUCCACUUCAGUGUGCAUUUUAUACAGUUGUGAAGAAGGGGCCUCAUAUAAUCCAGUUCUAAGCACAUAAUAUAAGAUUAUAAAUAUAUAGUACAGUCUCAUCCAACAUAAACAGGCCGGUAGAACGUUGGAGAAGUGAAUAUGUUGGAUAAUAAGAAGGGAUUCAGGAAAAGCCAAUUAAACAUCAAAUUAGGUAAUCAUUAUACAAGUUAAGCACCAAAACAUUAUGUUAUACAACAAAUUUGACAGAAAAGUAGUUCCAUGCACAGUAAUACUAUGUAGUAAUUACUGUAUUACAAAUUUACCACCAAAAUAUCACAAUGAAUUUAAAACACUGAUUACAAAACAUUUACUACUAAAAGGCAGACUGCGUUGGAUAAUCCAGAACAUUGGAUAAGCGAAUGUUGGAUAAGUGAGAUUCUACUGUAAUAUAAACCACCAUACUUCGCCACAGCAACGCGUGGCCGGGCACAGCUAGUCUAUAUAUAAAAAUAUAAUGUGCAUAAUUCCCAUGGAGUAAACAACAAAACCACUGGACCAAAUCACACCAAAUUUGGCCACAAAAGACAUAGUCAUCCAAUCAAUCUGCAUGCGGUAGCGUGUCAACAAAAAUGGCUA